AUGCGCUGGCCUCAGGACUACACCCCCCAGCAUGCACCGGGAGAGGCGUGCGGUGCGGUGAAGGGAUUCCCGUCGGCGUCUUCCCAUUCCCCUGCUGUGCGCGGGACGCUCGGUGAGGGCGGCAGGCCCCAGCUGAGCAGUGCCUGUCUCUGGAGCAAGAUGUCUGAGAGCAGCAGCCCCAUUCGGCUGGACCUGAGCUCCCUGCGGGAGGCGCCCCAAGAUGUCUUACACCUGCUGCCCUGCGAGGUGGAUCACAACGGCAGCGCCCCUGUGGACAGAUACUUCACCCCGGCCAUCCGCCAGGGCUCGCAGGAGAAAUCUGUAUCCUUCCGUGGCAGGAGCCUCAAGGGGCAGGAGGUGAUAGUGCCCCAAGGUUAUGUGGGGCUGGUUCUGAAGGAGGAUCAAAGGCCCUGCACAGAGGAGGAGGAGCGGACCGUGCGGCUGAAAUCAACCUUUGGGACGCUGACAGUUUGGAACCUGGAGCGGGCUCCAAGUGCGGAUGAUGGGCUGCUCCUGGCUCUGAGCUGGCCAGGGAUCGCCGAGGCCAUCCAUGCACCAGUGUCGAGGAAGGAACAGUGAGCCCAUGGCGGAGGCAGCGGUCCCACGACUGCUAGCCACUGGCUGCCUCUCAGGUCUGCCCUGGGGGUUUUUUUGGCCCCACCACCCUGCGUGGUAGCUCCAUGCUGAGAAUACAUGGAUCUCACAG